AUACAUACACACAUACGUACAUAUAUGUAUGGCAACGUGUUUCAAAGAGAAAAUUUAAGAACUUCAAAACCCUUCAAAAAUGACGAUGGUAGAAAUGAGAGUUCAUAUGGAUUGUAAAGGCUGCGUAGCUAAGAUAAAGAAGGCUCUUGGAAAACUCGAAGGAGUCGACAGUAUCGAGAUAGACAUGGAGAAUCAAAAGGUGAGUGUAAUGGGUUGGGCAGCAUCUGACCAUAUGAAGGUACUUAAAACAGUGAGGAAAACGGGACGAAGAGCCGAGCUAUGGCCAUAUCCAUUCAACCCUCAGAACCAAUUUUACUACGAAUAUUGCCAAACCGAUUCAAAGGGGCCGCCGUGGCAGUCUUCGUAUAACUAUUACAGGCAUGGAUACGACGGUCACGAUCAUGGUUAUUAUCAGCCACCGCCGUACGAAACUCUUAUUAGUGAACGAGCCAGCUCUAUAUUUAGCGACGAAAAUCCCAAUGCUUGUUCCAUUAUGUGAGCUACAAUGUGUGUGCGCGUAAACAACCACAUUUCAAGUAUUUGUAUGUAAUUUUUUAUUUUUGGGUUUUUUACUUCUUUUAAGAGUUGUACAUAACUUUGUUGAAGAAUUGCUUUAUUUGUUUUAAUGGAGAACUGUUUGUUGAGGUGCUAA